GAGCCGCCCAGGAAGAGACGCGCUCGUCUAGUUAAGGGUUAAAUAAAGUUGUUAAAGUGUGUAUAGGAGCGCCCACACGAACCGCAGCACGCCCGGGACCGGUUCACUCUCCCGCUGGGUGUCGGAGCGCAGCGUUAUUAAUGCGUUAUGAAGCGGCGCGGAGGCGGAUCUGUGUCUCCUCAGGACUGAGUUAGCCUGUUAGCACAGCGACAGGGAGCGCGCGACAACACUGCUGCUGCUGCGCGCGCCUCGCCUCACCUCACCUCACCGCACCCGCGGAGCAGCGCGCGCACUCAGGCUCAUGGAGCAUUAACUCUCAUUCAGCUUGAGUUUAAUAUUUAUCUGUUUAUUGUUUUGUUUAUUAUUAUUAUCUGCCUGUUUGCUUCCUGGAUCAUCCGAACAUGACGCCUGAUCUGCUGAACUUUAAGAAAGGAUGGAUGUCCAAACUGGACGAAAAUGGAGAGUGGAAAAAGCACUGGUUCGUGCUCACAGAUGCUGGACUGAAAUACUACAGAGACUCAGGAGCUGAGGAGAAAGAUGAGUUGGAUGGAGAGAUUGAUCUCCGAUCCUGUUUGAAAGUCUCUGAGUUUGAUGUAGAGAAAAACUACGGCUUUCAGAUACAGACGGCGAGUGGUGUGUUCACCCUCUCAGCAAUGACGGCGGGAAUCCGGAGAAACUGGAUUGAAGUUUUGAGGAAAAACAUCAGACCAAGCAGUACACCGGACCUUACACAACUCCCAGACAGCACCACUGAUAGACAGGAGUCUCGUCACCAGCCGUCUCGCCGUCAGUCAGAAGCCUCCUCCGGCCCCGCCCCCACGCACCGCAAAUUCGAUUAUGUCGAGCUCUCUCCCGUGGCCACACCCACACCCGGCCCGGCCGACCGAAGAGAGGCGGGGGAGGGGCAGGUGCGCGAGCACGGCCAGGGUCAGGAGGACAGGAGUCGGAGCGUGCAGAGGGAGGUGGCGACGUCGCGCAGGUGGCCGGGGAAAACGGCCGAGCAGAAGCGCCUGGAGGAGGAGAUCGAGAGGAAGUGGGAGGAGUUUGAGCGUUUGCCACUCAAACCCGUGGUGUCCAUGUCUGCCCUGGGGUCGCUGCAGAGGGAGGUGUCACCUCUGACGCAGCAGGCGGAGUGUGUGCAGAGUGCAGGGGGUGUGUGUGUGUGUGAGGGUGGGGGGGGUGUGUGUAGGAGUGUGGGUUUGGAGCAGAUGGAGCGCGCUCACAGACAGGCGCUGGAGGAACUGCAGAGGAAACACCAGCGUCAGACCGCGGAGAUGGAGAGAGACAAGGAGAGACUGUUGUAUGAGGAGACACAGGCCACGGCCCGCGCGAUGGAGGCUUUGAGGAAAGCUCAUAGAGAAGAACUGGAGAGAGAAGUGCAGAAAACUAAACACCUUACAGCACAAACCACAGGAACACACACGGUCCAAGAGCAACAACAGCAGGAGCUCCUGUCCUUGAAGAGAGAGCUGGACAGUUUAUCAGACCGUUACUCUCAGAAAUGUCUGGAACUGAACAGAGAGCAGCAGAAUAACGGAGAGAAAGAACGACAGAUCAGUGUGAAGGAGAGAGAGAUGGAGCAGCUGCGCAGACAAAACCAGGAUCUUCAGUCUCGAUUGACGGAUGAGAUUCGGCGCAUACGCUCGUGUGUCACAGGUCAGAGGUCAGAGGAGAUCAUCACCGACGGCAACAAGGGCCGAUCAGUGUGUGAACUGGAGGUGCUGCUGAGAGUGAAGCAAAAUGAGGUGGAGUACUUGCAUAAAGAGAUCAUGUGCUUAAGGAAUGAAGUGGAGUUUCUUAGCACGGAGAAGCAGAGUGUGUGUGAGCAGUAUGAGCAGGUGUGUGAGGAGCUGAAGGUCAUGAAGGAGAGGAGCGAACGAGAGAUUCAGACGCUUCAGGAACAUCUCAGACUCGCCAUCGCCGCCCUGCAGGAGGAGCGGGGACUGCACAACAGCAUCUAACACUCACAAACACUCAACUCUCACACACGGCUGGAAUGGGAGAGCGAACCCGAUCAUGUGCCUUUUAUUUCAAUUGCGUCAGCCAAUCAGGAGCAGAGGUCUGGGUUAUGAUACACUGGAUGGCUUUGAUCUGCGUCUGCACUUUUUUAACGUGUGUGUCAGGGGGUGUUUUAUAUGAGAAGUGUGUGUCAGGGGGUGUUUUAUAUGAGAAGUGUGUGUGUGUGUGUGUGUGCAUGUCUAACGUGCUGUCAUGAAUCUAAAAACUGGACUAAUGAGGAGUAUUUUCUCUGACACACACACACACACACGCACACACAGGGACGUGUUGGAUGGAGUAACGUCUCUAACACACCUUAAGCGGCUCUACAUUCCAAACACACACAGUCUCUCUCUCUCUCUCUCUCUCUCUCUCU